ACAAUCCUGGGUCCGCCACUGACUGAGAGAGACACUCGAACUGAAUAUAACAAUCCCCGUUCCCGGCCGCCGUUCCUUCUCUCUUCCCUGUUUUCAUCUGAGCAAAGCAAGGGAAGGCGCGCGGAAUGGCGGUUGCGGACAAAGAGAAGCUUCAGGAGGAAGUCUCCUUCAACCGCUUCUGUAAAAUCGUCCUCGGUUGGGACCAUUAUCGCCUUCUCUCCGGCGCCGAGAAGAAAAAGAAAGACAAUGGAAAGAACGACGCGGCCGGUUUGAAAAAAGUGAAGAAUUCCUACAAAGACGUUGAUGAUUACCUUUCCACCUUCGAGCCGCUCUUGUUCGAGGAAGUCAAAGCCAAUAUUACUCAGAAUAAAGAUGACGAAGAAGUGACGGAUUGGGAGAUGAGGCUGGUGACGGAGUGUAAUGAAGUGGAAGGGUUUUUCCAGGUAGCAGUUACUCAUGGGGAUAAAGAGGAAAACAGGAUCUCCCAAAAUGAUCUGCUGCUUCUUUCCAAAGAGAAGACCAAAGCAACAGCAUAUGCUUAUGCUCUGGUGGAACAUACCCAUCAUACUGGUCUUAGGCUUAGAAUGUGUUUGGCUGGAGAAAUCAAGAGCACGCAUUUAGAUGUUGUUGAAUCCCAGCAGAGGCUGUUAAACAUGCAGGCUCUUAUAACUGCUCCUGUAAACCCAGAAGAGAAGUCCUUGUGGAGCUUAAAGAUAUGCAGUUUGUCAACCAUUUCACGUGAAUAUAUAGCUUUGCGGUCAAUUGGAUCUCUUCCUUUCAAAGAUUUAAUCAUAAAAGCCACAGACAGAACUGGUUCAGAAGACCAGUCGUGGAAAGUUUCUGAAGCUCUUCGUGGACAUUUUGAAGAAACUCUUAACACGUCGCAGAUAGAAGCUGUAAAUGCUGGUCUAUCACGUAAACCGUUUGUGUUGAUACAGGGGCCUCCAGGAACUGGAAAAACACAGACUAUUCUUGCACUUCUUAGUGCUAUUCUUCAUGCCACUCCAGCUCGAGUGCACACCAAGGCCGGGUCAGUUAAAACUAAAAGUGGACCACAACUUUCAAUUCAAGACAACAAAUAUUCACAAAUCACAUCUAGUGCUUUCAUGAUUUACUGGUCCAAUGAAAACCAGAGCCUUCCUUUCGAUGAAUGGUUGAAUGCAUUUAAUUGUUGCAGGUACACAAAUUGGGCACGAGCAUCUCCAUGGUUGGCUGGUGUCAAUCCUAGAGAUGCCAUUAUGCCUAAAGGCGGUGAUGAUGGCUUCUUUCCUACCACAGGAAGUGAGCUGAAACCAGAAAUAAUUGCAUCGAGCCGCAGGUAUCGGCUACGAGUACUUGUAUGCGCCCCUUCAAAUUCUGCCCUUGAUGAGAUAGUGUUGCGCCUUCUCAGAAAUGGUGUUCUUGAUGAAACUGUUCACACUUAUAACCCUAAAAUUGUGCGCAUUGGUCUGAAAGCACAUCACUCAGUUCAGUCAGUCAGCAUGGAUUACCUUGUGAGACAAAAGCAAUCUGAGUCAGCUGCUGAAAAACAAAAACAUGGAGCUGCUGGAGGAGAUAUAGAUAAUAUCCGCUCUUCAAUUCUUGACGAGGCUGUUAUUGUCUUUUCAACUCUCAGCUUCAGCGGUUCAGCACUUUUUAGUAAAUUGAAUCACGACUUUGAUGUAGUAAUAAUCGACGAAGCCGCCCAAGCUGUGGAACCAGCAACUCUUGUUCCUUUGUCCAAUGGGUGCAAACAAGUUUUCCUGGUGGGCGAUCCAGUGCAAUUACCAGCCACUGUAAUUUCUUCUACUGCCAGCAAAUUUGGUUAUUGCACAAGUUUGUUUGAGAGGUUUCAAAGAGCUGGCUAUCCAGUAAAUAUGCUGAAGGUGCAGUACCGGAUGCAUCCAGAGAUUAGACACUUCCCUUCCAGUGAAUUCUACGACGAGGCUCUGCAGGAUGCAACAGAUAUGGAGGAGAAGACCAAACGUGACUGGCACAAGUACCGGUGCUUUAGCCCAUUUUGCUUCUUUGAUUUACACGAAGGACAAGAGUCCCAGCCCUCGGGAAGUGGGUCCUAUGUAAACACGGACGAAGUUGAGUUUGUGCUCCUUCUGUACCGUAAGCUGGUAUCCAUGCAUCCAGAACUCGGGUCAAGUUCACAAUUCGCCCUCAUUUCCCCAUAUAGAUACCAAGUGAAGCUUCUGCAAGAUAAAUUCAAGGAGAAUUUCGGUCAAGACUCAAGGGAGUUUGUGGAUAUUCAAACAGUUGAUGGUUUCCAGGGUCGAGAGAAGGAUGUUGCAAUAUUCUCUUGUGUGAGGGCAAGUGAGAGUAAAGGGAUUGGGUUUGUGUCAGAUGCACGGAGAAUGAACGUUGGGAUCACACGAGCAAAGUCCACUGUUCUGGUUGUGGGAUCAGCAUCAACAUUGAGGCGGGAUGAGCAUUGGAGCAACCUCAUUGAAAGUGCAGAGAAGAGGAAUGUCCUUUUCAAGGUGUCGAAGCCUUAUGCCUCCUUUUUCAGCGAUUCAAAUCUGGAGUCGUUCUCAGUGAAGAAGACCAUCCAUAGUGAAUUGCUGGAAGGAGGGUUGCCGGCAGAAAUGGAGAAUGACAUAAUGAAUUAUGCUCUUAAUACUGGAGAUGUUGGCGGUGAAGACGAUGAAGGCCAAGGAGAUGACGAUGGUUACGACAACGUGGAGGAUGGCGGCCAUGGUAUGGACGAAGACUGAACACACAGUACACUUUUUGUUCCUCCUGCUAUCAAAAGUUUUCCUCUGCUCAUUUGCCUGGCCUCUCUACUUCUGUCUUCUGCCAUUCCAUUAGUCUCUUUUAUGCGUCAGAGCUCCAUUGUUGAAAUGAAACUGAUGUAAAUUUUUUAUCAGUUAUUAUUUAGAAAAGCAUUUGAUUGUCUUUCAAAGUAACAUGUAAACAUGAAUGGAAGGAUGAAUUGCAGGGUCAAAAGUGGAGCAGCACUGCAUGUUAACAUGAACGGUGCAGUUUCAUUCAGAAAAGGAAGAG